CACGAAGAUGAGUGCUACGCUGUUUAAGAAGAUCUUGUUUGUCCUGGGAGGCCCAGGUGCGGGCAAGGGCACGCAGUGCUUCAAGCUGGUGGAGAAGUACGGCUUCGUCCACUUGUCGGCUGGCGAUCUGCUGCGCGAGGAGCGUCAGUCAGGCUCAGAGAAUGGCGAGCUGAUUGACCGCAUGAUUAAGGAAGGCCAGAUCGUUCCCGUGAAGAUCACGCUGAACUUGUUGCAGCAGGCUAUGGUCAAGAGCGGCCGCGACCUGUUCCUCAUUGACGGGUUCCCGCGCAACUUCGACAACCUGCAGGGCUGGCAGCAGGAGAUGUCUGAGGAUGAAUUCCAGGUGCAGGGUGUGCUCUUCUACGACUGCACCGAGAGCGUCAUGGAGGAGCGUCUGCUCGAACGUGGCAAGACCAGCGGACGCACGGACGACAACGCCGAGGCCAUCCGUAAGCGCUUCCGUACGUACCUCGAGUCGACCAUGCCCGUCAUCAUGCACUACGAGAAGCAGAGCAAGGUCUUCAAGGUGGAUGCCACGCCCGGCCCAGACGAGGUCUUCGAGGCCACCGCCGCACUCAUCGGACCCCUCGUUGCUGACAAGUAAACGUCAUUCACAGCGAGCGGCAUAAAGCAGCGCUCGUUAUUGUCGAGUCCAGGACAGAAACAGUGUCAAGUUCCUUUUUAUUUAGAAGGAAGGAACGAUGCUAUAAUAAGGCAGACUUCAAACUGAAGGCAGAUUUAAAAAAUAAAAACUUCACUUGACCUUG